CAUGUCAUGGAAGAAAAGCUGAAGUCUGCAAACAUACAAACCAGCGAAUCAGAGAGCUCGUUGUACAGAAAGUAUCAAGACCUAACCAGUCAGGUUCAAGAAAAAGAUGACGCGAUAAAGAGGUUAGAGAUGCAGCUGGAAAAACAGAUCUUAGUCAGAGCCCAGGAGGCAAAAAUUAUUGAGGAGAAAGCCGCCAAGAUUAAAGACUGGGUCACCUUUAAGCUUAGACAGAUGGAGCAAGAGAACCAGCAGCUGAAAAUGGCCAACCUGAAGCAGACAGAACAGAUGGUGCUGCUGCAGGACAAACUACAAGCUCUCUUAGAGAAACCUGCUUCCUUUGUAUCCCCUGCCACCUCCCCUGUAAUGGAUAUCCACCUGGUGCCCAGCAGUCCGCUGUUUCCUCCCAGCUGCCCCGGCACACCACCUGCCCAAGAUGACAGCUGGAGACAGACUGGUCCCCGUGGGGCCACGUCUAAUAUUAAGACCUCGCCAACAGGUGUGCUGCCCUUAAUUUGUAUUAUCUUGGGAUGGGUAGCAGGAAGCUUUUGAGGUAAUGAGUGUGUUCUUUAAUUCAAGUUGGGCUGAUCACAUAAAUGGAACAGAAACCGCAAAGGUGGACAGAUUGGAAGCCUUGCAAAAAUGAAGUCGGCAACCAUUGUUUACAAAACUUUGUUCUGCCCUUUCUUGGUUAGAAUUAGGUAUCGUUUCUGUUUUAUAGAUACAUAUAUGGAUGCGUAAAUUGAUAAAUGAAAACAAAU